UCGGCCGCCCGCGCCGGCUGCGCUGUCCAGGGGAGGAGAGGGAGCCCCAGGCGCGAGCCGGGACCCGCAGCCACAACUUCUCUCCCGUCCUCUCCUUCCCCUCGUCCCCCGACCCGUCCCCUUCCCCAUCCUCUGAUCCUUACCUUCUUUAAGGCGUCAGCCCCCCAGGAGGCACUGGAAAGGAAUCCUCCCGCAGGUUUCGAAGAGAACUAGGUGGCAACUUGCCUCCUGGUGAGGGCGUCCCUCCCCGCACCGUCUCAAGAUGCUCAGGGGUCCGGGGCCCUGGCUGCAGCUGCUGCUGCUGGCCCUCUUGUCCCUGUGGUCAGCGGUGUCCUCCACCGAAGCCUGGAGGGGCAAGAGACAGGCUCAGCAAAUCAUUCAGCCCCAGUCCCCGUUGCCUGUCAGCCAAAGCAAGCCUGGUUGUUUUGACAAUGGGAAUCACUAUCAGAUAAACCAACAAUGGGAACGCACCUACCUGGGCAACACCUUGGUUUGUACCUGUUAUGGAGGGAGCCGAGGCUUUAACUGCGAGAGUAAACCUGAACCUGAAGAGACUUGCUUUGACAAGUACACUGGGAAUACUUACCGGGUGGGGGACACCUAUGAGCGCCCUAAGGACUCCAUGAUCUGGGACUGUACCUGCAUCGGGGCUGGACGAAGAAGAAUAAGCUGUACCAUUGCAAAUCGCUGCCAUGAAGGGGGUCAGUCCUACAAGAUCGGUGACACCUGGAGAAGACCACAUGAGACCGGUGGUUACAUGUUAGAGUGUGUGUGCCUUGGUAACGGGAAAGGAGAAUGGACCUGCAAGCCCAUAGCUGAGAAAUGUUUUGACCACGCUGCUGGGACUUCCUAUGUUGUCGGGGAAACCUGGGAAAAGCCCUAUCAAGGCUGGAUGAUGGUGGAUUGCACUUGUCUGGGAGAAGGCAGUGGACGCAUCACCUGUUCCUCUAGAAACAGAUGCAACGAUCAGGACACUAGGACAUCCUAUAGAAUUGGAGACACCUGGAGCAAGAAGGACACUCAGGGGAACCUGCUCCAGUGCAUCUGCACGGGCAACGGCAGAGGAGAAUGGAAGUGUGAACGGCAGACCACAUCCACCAGAUCUGGCCCUGUCACAGAUGUCCAAAGGGCUGUUUUCCGCCAUCAGCCAAACCCCCAGCCUGUUCCAUAUGGUCACUGCGUCACAGAGAGUGGUAUGGUUUACUCAGUGGGGAUGCAGUGGCUGAAGACACAAGGCAAUAAGCAGAUGCUUUGCACUUGCCUGGGCAAUGGAGUCAGCUGCCAAGAGACAGCUAUAACGCAGACUUACGGUGGCAAUUCAAACGGGGAGCCAUGUGUCUUGCCAUUCACCUAUAACGGCAGGACCUUCUACUCCUGCACCAAUGAAGGGCGACAGGAUGGGCAUCUCUGGUGCAGCACGACUUCCAAUUAUGAACAAGACCAGAAAUAUUCUUUCUGUACAGACCAUACUGUGUUGAUUCAAACUCGAGGUGGAAAUUCCAAUGGUGCCUUGUGCCACUUCCCCUUCGUAUUCAACAACCGCAACUACACUGACUGUACUUCUGAGGGCAGGAGAGACAACAUGAGAUGGUGCGGAACCACGCAGAAUUAUGACACUGACCAGAAGUUUGGAUUCUGUCCCAUGGCUGCCCAUGAAGAAACCUGUUCAACCAAAGAAGGUGGCAUGUAUCGUGUUGGAGACCAGUGGGAUAAAAGGCAUGCCAGGGGGCACAUGAUGAGAUGCACAUGUGUGGGGAAUGGUCGCGGGGAAUGGACCUGUGUCGCCCACUCCAAUCUCCAAGAACCUUCAACCCAUCCUGUUGUUUCGAAAAUAGAAGAAUGCAUUGUCGAUGGCAUCACUUACAAUGUGAAUGACACCUUUCACAUGCGUCAUGAAGAGGGACACAUGAUGAACUGUACCUGCUUUGGUCAGGGCCGUGGCAGAUGGAAGUGUGAUCCCAUUGACCAAUGCCAAGAUUCAGAGAGCCAAACAUUUUAUCAAAUUGGAGACUCAUGGGAGAAAUAUGUGCAUGGCGUCAGGUACCAGUGCUACUGCUAUGGCCGUGGCAUUGGGGAAUGGCAUUGCCAGCCUUUACAGACCUAUCCAGGCACCUCUGGUCCUGUCCAAGUAAUCAUCACGGAGACCCCCAGCCAUCCCGACUCUCACCCCAUCCAGUGGAAUGCACCAGAACCUUCUCAUAUUACCAAGUACAUUCUCAGGUGGAAACCCAAAAACUCUCCAAACAAGUGGAAGGAAGCCAUCAUUCCAGGCCACCUAAACUCAUACACCAUUAAAGGCCUGAAGCCAAAUGUGGUAUAUGAAGGGCAGCUCGUGAGUGUCCAGCAAUACGGCCACGAAGAGGUGACCCGCUUUGACUUCACCACCACCAGCACGAGCCCAGGAGUGAGCAGCAACACAAUCUUCCCUCCUGUUGUGGCCACUUCUGAAUCUGUGACUGAAAUCACGGCCAGCAGCUUUGUGGUCUCGUGGGUCUCAGCCUCGGACACGGUGUCGGGAUUCCGUGUGGAAUAUGAGUUGAGCGAAGAAGGGGAUGAGCCUCAGUACCUCGAUCUUCCAAGCACAGCCACUUCUGUGAAUAUCCCUGACCUGCUUCCUGGCCGCAAAUACAUUGUAAAGGUCUAUCAGAUAUCUGAAGAAGGAGAGAAGAGUUUGGUCCUGUCUACUUCGCAGACAACAGCACCUGAUGCCCCUCCUAAUCCCACCGUGGACCAAGUUGAUGACACCUCAAUUGUUGUUCGCUGGAGCAGGCCCCAAGCCCCCAUCACAGGAUACAGAAUUGUGUAUUCACCAUCAGUAGAAGGUAGCAGCACAGAGCUCAACCUUCCUGAGACUGCUAACUCUGUCACUCUCAGUGACUUGCAACCUGGCGUUCAGUAUAAUAUCACUAUCUAUGCUGUGGAAGAAAAUCAAGAGAGUACUCCUGUUUUCAUCCAACAGGAAACUACCGGUGUCCCUCGUCCAGAUAAAGUUCUCCCUCCCCGGGACCUGCAGUUUGUGGAGGUGACAGACGUGAAGAUCACCAUCAUGUGGACAGCCCCGGAGGGUGCUGUGACUGGUUACCGUGUGGACGUGAUCCCUGUCAACCUGCCUGGAGAACACGGGCAGCGGCUGCCCAUCAGCAGGAGCCCCUUUGCAGAAGUCAUUGGGCUGUCCCCAGGGGUCACUUACUACUUCAAAGUCUUCGCCGUGAACCACGGGAGGGAGAGCAAGCCUCUAGUGGGACAACAGACAACUAAAUUGGAUGCUCCCACUAACCUCCAGUUUAUGAAUGAAACGGACUCGAGCGUGAUAGUGACCUGGACUCCUCCUCGAGCCCGGAUAGCCGGGUACCGGCUGACCGUGGGCCUGACCCGGGGAGGCCAGCCCAAGCAGUACAACGUGGGGCCCUCCUCCUCACAGUACCCGCUGAGGAAUCUGCAGCCUGGGUCUGAGUACACCGCCACCCUCGUGGCUGUGAAAGGCAACCAGCAGAGCCCGAGGGCCACUGGAGUCUUCACCACACUGCAGCCCAGAGGCUCCGUUCCGCCUUACAACACGGAGGUGACCGAGACCACCAUUGUGAUUACAUGGACGCCUGCCCCGAGGAUUGGUUUUAAGCUGGGUGUACGGCCAAGCCAGGGAGGGGAAGCACCGCGAGAAGUGACUUCAGACUCGGGAAGCAUUGUUGUGUCUGGCCUGACUCCAGGUGUGGAAUAUGUGUAUACCAUUACAGUCCUCAGAGAUGGGCAGGAGAGAGGUACACCCAUCGUCAACAAAGUGGUGACACCGUUGUCUCCACCAACCAACUUGCACCUGGAGGCAAACCCUGACACGGGAGUGCUUACAGUCUCGUGGGUAAGGAGCACCACCCCAGACAUUACUGGUUAUAGAAUUACCACCACCCCGACAAAUGGCCAGGAGGGAUAUUCUUUGGAAGAAGUGGUCGGUGCGGAUCAGAGUUCCUGCACUUUUGAAAACCUGAAUCCUGGCCUGGAGUACAAUGUCAGUGUUUACACUGUCAAAGAUGACAAGGAAAGUGUCCCUAUCUCUGAUACCAUCAUCCCAGCUGUACCUCCUCCCACUGACCUGCGAUUCACCAAUGUUGGUCCAGACACUAUGCGUAUCACCUGGGCCCCACCUCCAUCCAUUGAAUUGACCAGCAUCCUGGUACGCUACUCACCUGUGAAAAAUGAGGAAGAUGUGGCGGAGUUGUCAGUUUCCCCAUCAGACAACGCAGUGGUCUUAACAAAUCUCCUGCCUGGCACAGAAUACGUAGUCAGCGUCUCCAGUGUUUAUGAACAGCACGAGAGCACGCCUCUCAGAGGAAGACAGAAAACAGGUCUCGAUUCUCCAACUGGCAUUGACUUUUCUGAUAUCACUGCCAACUCUUUCACUGUCCAUUGGAUUGCUCCUCGAGCCACCAUCACUGGCUACAGGAUUCGCCAUCAUCCUGAGCACACAGGUGGCCGACCUCGAGAAGAUCGAGUGCCGCCGACUCGGAACUCCAUCACCCUCAGCAACCUCAACCCGGGUACAGAAUAUGUGGUCAGCAUUGUUGCACUAAAUGGCAGAGAGGAAAGUCCCCCAUUGGUUGGCCAGCAAUCAACAGUUUCUGACGUUCCAAGGGACCUGGAAGUUGUUGCCAUGACCCCCACCAGCAUGCUGAUCAGCUGGGAAGCUCCUGCUGUCACAGUGAGAUAUUAUAGGAUCACCUACGGAGAAACAGGAGGAAAUAGCCCCCUGCAGGAGUUCACGGUGCCUGGGAGCAAGUCGACAGCUACCAUCAGUGGCCUUAAACCUGGAGUAGACUACACCAUCACCGUUUACGCUGUCACUGGCCGAGGGGACAGCCCAGCGAGCAGCAAGCCAGUUUCCAUUGAUUACCGAACAGAAAUUGACAAACCAUCCCAGAUGCAAGUGACUGAUGUUCAGGACAACAGCAUCAGUGUCAGGUGGCUGCCUUCAAGUUCCCCUGUUACUGGUUACAGAGUGACCACCACUCCCAAAAAUGGCCUGGGACCAACAAAAACUAAAACUACGGGUCCAGAUCAAACAGAAAUGACUAUUGAAGGCUUGCAACCCACAAUGGAGUAUGUGGUUAGUGUCUAUGCUCAGAAUCAAAAUGAAGAGAGUCAGCCUCUGGUCCAGACUGCAGUAACCAACAUUGAUCGCCCUAAAGGACUGGCAUUCACUGAUGUGGAUGUCGAUUCCAUCAAAAUUGCUUGGGAAAGCCCACAGGGGCAAGUUUCCAGGUACAGGGUGACCUACUCAAGCCCUGAGGAUGGAAUCCAUGAGCUAAUCCCUGCACCUGAUGGUGAAGAAGACACUGCAGAGCUGAAAGGCCUCAGGCCUGGUUCUGAGUACACAGUCAGUGUGGUUGCCUUGCACGAUGAUAUGGAGAGCCAGCCCCUGAUUGGAACCCAGUACACAGCCAUUCCUGCACCAUCCAACCUGAAGUUCACUCAGGUUACACCAACGAGCCUGACUGCCCAGUGGACAGCACCCAAUAUUCAGCUCACUGGCUAUCGGGUGCGGGUGACCCCCAAGGAGAAGACAGGACCAAUGAAAGAAAUCAACCUUUCUCCUGAUAGCUCAUCUGUUGUUGUGUCAGGGCUCAUGGUGGCCACCAAAUAUGAAGUGAGUGUCUAUGCUCUUAAGGACACUUUGACAAGCAGGCCAGCUUAUGGAUUUGUCACUACUCUGGAGAAUGUCAGCCCUCCCAGAAGGGCUCGUGUGACAGAUGCUACUGAGACCACCAUCACCAUCAGCUGGAGAACCAAGACUGAGACGAUCACUGGCUUCCUGGUUGAAGCUAUGCCAGGAAAUGGCCAGACUCCAGUUCAGAGAACCAUCAGUCCAGAUAUCAGGAGCUACACCAUCACAGGUUUACAGCCCGGCACUGACUACAAGAUCUACUUGUACACCCUGAACGACAAUGCCCGGAGCUCCCCUGUCAUCAUCGACGCCUCCACGGCCAUCGAUGCACCAUCCAACCUGCGCUUCUUGGCCACCACACCCAACUCCUUGCUGGUGUCAUGGCAGCCGCCCCGGGCCAGGAUCACUGGUUACAUCAUCAAGUAUGAGAAGCCUGGGUCCCCUCCCAGAGAAGUGGUCCCUCGGCCCCGACCUGGUGUCACUGAGGCUACUAUUACUGGUCUGGAACCAGGAACUGAGUACACAAUCCAAGUCAUUGCCCUGAAGAACAACCAGAAGAGCGAGCCUCUGAUCGGGAGGAAAAAAACAGAUGAGCUUCCCCAACUGGUAACCCUUCCACACCCCAACCUUCAAGGACCAGAGAUCUUGGAUGUUCCCUCCACAGCUCAAAAGACCAAUCCUGAUGGAACUGAAAAUGGUAUUCAGCUUCCUGGCACUUCGGGUCAGCAGCCCAGUGUUGGGCAACAAAUGAUCUUUGAGGAGCAUGGUUUUAGGCGGACCACACCGCCCACAACGGCCACGCCUAUAAGGCAUAGGCCAGGACCACGUGAGGAGAUCCAAAUUGGUCAUGUCCCCAGGGGAGAUGUAGACCACCAAAUCUACCCUCACGUUGUGGGACUCACUCCAAAUGCUUCUACAGGACAAGAAGCUCUCUCUCAGACAACCAUCUCUUGGACCCCGUUCCAGGAAAGCUCUGAGUAUAUAAUUUCAUGUCAUCCAGUUGGCACUGAUGAAGAACCUUUACAGUUCCGAGUUCCUGGAACUUCUGCGAGUGCCACCCUGACGGGUCUCACCAGAGGGGCCACUUAUAACAUCAUUGUGGAAGCACUGAAGGACCACCAGAGGCACAAAGUUCGGGAGGCGGUUGUCACUGUGGGCAACUCGGUUGAACCUAUGGAGGACUCCUGCUUCGACCCCUACACCGUUUCCCAUUAUGCCGUUGGACAGGAGUGGGAGCGAUUGUCCGAAUUGGGCUUUAAACUCUCGUGCCAGUGCUUAGGCUUUGGCAGUGGUCAUUUCAGAUGUGAUUCAUCUAAAUGGUGCCAUGACAAUGGUGUAAAUUUCAAGAUUGGAGAGAAGUGGGAUCGUAAGGGAGAAAAUGGCCAGAUGAUGAGCUGCACGUGCCUUGGAAACGGAAAAGGAGAAUUCAAGUGUGAUCCCCAUGAAACCACGUGCUACGAUGAUGGGAAAACGUACCAGAUGGGAGAACAGUGGCAGAAGGAAUAUCUCGGCGCGAUCUGCUCCUGCACCUGCUUUGGCGGCCAGCGGGGCUGGCGCUGUGACAACUGCCGCAGACCAGGGGCUGAGCUCCAUCACGAAGGCUCUCCCGGUCACUCCUACAACCCGUACUCGGAGAGAUACCAUCAGAACUCAAACACUAAUGUCAACUGCCCCAUUGAGUGCUUCAUGCCCUUAGAUGUACAGGCUGACAGAGACGAUUCUCGGGAGUAGUAUUUCCAACCCAGAAAACCAAGCAUGGAUCUCUGCCAAGGUCCAUCCAAACUGGAGCGACAAGAGCAGACCCCAUCUUAGAGUGUUUGUUUCUUUCUUAAGCCCUUUGCUCUGGAGAGUAACUUCUCCAGCUUCAGCUCAACUCACAGCUUCUCCAAGCAUCACCCUGGGAGUGUUUUGAGACUUUUCUCACAAAAGGGGGCAGUACAUUGCCUGUUCUGUUCCAAAAGUAUUCGAUACCACUCAGUAUUUUAAAUGAUUCUAACUUGUGAUUUGGGAUCAGUAGGGAAGCACAUGCAAACCACCUAGAUGCAAAUGUACUGAAAUGAUAUUACCAAAACUUUAAGUAGGAAAGUUACCCAAACACUUCUGCUUCCAUUUAACUGUCUGGCCCGCAAUACUGUAGGAACGGCAUGUCCUUGUUACUGUGAUAUUUAAAAUAUCCGCAGUACUCACUUUUUCCAAAUGAUUCUAGUAAUUGCCUAGAAACAUCUUUCUCUUACCUGUUAUUUAUCAAUUUUUCCCAGUAUUUUUAAAUGGAAAAAAAUUGCAUUGAAGACACUUAGUAUGCAGUUGAUAAAAGGAAUUUGGGUUAAUUGUGGUUGGUGACUAUUUUUUAUACUGUACAUGCCAAAGCUUUACUACUGUGGAAAGACAACUGUUUAAUAAAAGAUUUACAUUCCACAACUUGAA